AUGGUGGCGGCGCGGCGCGCAUCCGCGGAUGAGGAGGAGCGGAGAGGACUGGUGGAGGUUGAACUGGGAGCGACGACGACGACGGCGGACGACGACGAGAAGGAAACGAUUUUGCGACGACUGCGGGCGAUGGAAAGUCUGGUGCAAGUGUUACCGCGAAAGUGUGAGGCGUUGGAGAUGGAAAACGCGGCGCUGAGAGAGCUGCUGGACGACGCGAGACGGGAUGCGAGACGGUUUUGCGGAGAGUGCGAGAUUGAAACGGAAGUCGCGAUGGAACGCGCGAGGACGGCGAUUUCGGACGCGCGAAGGGUCAUGCACGAGCAGCGCGUGCGGUAUGAAGAUACGAUGGCGGAAUCUGAACGCGAGGGGCGGCAUCGACUCGCGAUGGCGACGUUAAAGUCAAAAUCAGAAUACGCACGAGCAAAGUUACGCGCGAGCGAAGCCGUCGAGGAAUGCGAAAGAUAUCGAGCAGAGAUUGAGAGAUUGAGGGACGAGUUGGAACGAUUGAGAGACGAGCGUGUGAGAGAUGCAGCACUUCCAUCGACGACGAAUCGAGAGGAUGAUUUGUCGACUGUGUCUGAUUUUGGUCGCGAUAGCGUCGUCCAUCAGAUGCGCUGGCGACUUUGGGCGUCAGAACUCACUCGAAAUGACGAGCGAAGCUUGGUGCGCGACGCGGAGGAUAGCUUAGAAAUGUUUGCUCAUUUGCAGGUGCAGCUGGAUGAACUAAAGCGCGAGAAGCGAAGUGCGACAUCCGCUUUGGAGGAGAUGAAUUCGCUGUUGAUUGAAUCUCGAGACGAGGUUUACGAUUUGAAGCACGCGCUGAAGCUCGACCUAGAAGAGGACCUGUGA